GUGGUCAAAGAGCCUAUACAUCUGUCGUGGGUGCACACAACAAGGAGGGUGUAGUUGCUGCCAUGGACUAUGACACUAAAAUUGGGACAUGAUGGAGUUAGUCAGCAAGAUGUUGACAGGAGAAGUGUUUUGAGUAGAUCAGGUGAAUCCACGAUCAACAGUGAUAAUAUACGGUGGAAUGGAGAAGAAGUGAAGGAGGCGGAGAGAGAGCGUGCCAAUGAUGUAGCCACUACUCGAAAACACAUAAGCCGUGGUGGUGAUGUUGAAGUAAGGCGGCAGAAAGCUGCUACAAUGCAUGGCAAUUCUAGCACUUCAAUGAAAAAGGAAAACACUGUUGAUAGACCAUCUAAGCAAUUUGCAGGCGCUACCUCAGAGCGGUCCGACUCAAAAUCAGUCAGCCGUAAUAUCAAUCGUCAUAUGGAGUUGGCAUUACAAAGGUCAAUUUAGCGCACGAGAAUUGUGUCGCUGUUAUUGAUAAGCCAUUAGCAUCCCUUCAUUCAACUGAGGACCAAGUUCAAGCUCACAAGCAAAAGGCCAAUCAUGCAACACUAAUAGCAACUAAGUCCGCCAAAAAAACCUCUAUUGUCUUGCACUACGUCUUACAAAUGAGUACUAUUUAUCGAGCUCCCACAAAAAACAUUUUCCAAAUGAAGAGAAGUUUGAAGACUCAAAGCUACAACACUAUGCAUUAUUCUCACAUAAUGUACUGGAAGCUGCUGUGGUUGUGAGCUCAACUCUUAUAAAUGCUAAGGUUCAGUAUUUUACAUUUGAGGGUUGCACUAAAAAUUUUAAGAAGAUUCUAGGGUUACUUCACUUGUACCGGCUACUAACAUUUUAAUUAAAUUUCCAAUGUAGAACCCAACAAGGCAUGUAUUUCAUACUGUAACAGACAAACAUAAUUGUGCUGCAAUGAGAAUGUGGUUCUUGGCAAAUCCCAUAGGAAAAAUUGCUAUUCAGGUCCAAAACAUAGAAGAGUUUACUUGGCUAAAUUCGAGGUACAGUCCAGUUUUGAAGCAACUGGCGUCCCAUUUCAUGAUGAACUUCUACUUCAAGAUCCAUCAAAAUAGGUUGAGCCAAAACAAGUUCCAGAAUCCCAAGUACUUGUCCAUUCUCAACCAUUUGAGGUUUUAUUUUCCUGAGAUCUUCCCAGAGCUUAAUAAGGUGUUGUUUCUUGAUGAUGAUACUGUAGUCCAGCAGGAUCUAAGUAAUCUUUGGUCAAUGGAUCUGAAAGGUAAGGUUAAUGGCGCUGUCCAUACCUGUGGAGCGACUUUCCAUAGGUUUGAUAGGUACCUCAACUUCUCAAAUCCCCUAAUUGCUAAGCAGUUUGAUCAGCGUGCUUGUGGCUGGGCGUAUGGCAUGAACAUGUUCGAUUUGUCUGAGUGGAGGAAGCAGAAUAUUACUGAUGUCUACCACUACUGGCAGAAUAUGAACGCAAAUAGGCAACUAUGGAAGUUACGAACGCUUCUAGCAUGUCUUGUCACAUUUUGGAGCCGCACAUUCCCUCUUGAUCGCUCGUGGCAAUGUGGCAUCUCUUUGGGUCUAGGGUACAAGCCGGAUGUCGACCAAAGAGAUAUGGAGCGCGCGGCGGUCCUACACUACAAUGGAAAUCAAAAACCUUGGCUUGAGAUUGGAAUACUAAGAUAUCGCAAAUUUUGGUCCAGAUAUGUCAAUUUCGACCAUGCUUUUCUACAUGAAUGCAAUAUACAUCCGUGAGGU